UUUUGACCCCAAAGACACCGCAACCCCGCCAUCCCUUUCAAAGCCCCGCUGCUGCGGCUCAUUGAUGCUCGUACGACAGCUGGAAAGGCCGAGUGGCAAGCUGGAAUUCAUGGCCAAGGCGCUCUGGAGGAGGUCGGUUCUAGGGUUUCUGAUCCUGUUCGUCGCAGUGGCGAGGAGCGAAGCGGCUCACCUCAGGCCAGACUUCUACAAGUCUAGCUGCCCCAAUGUGGAGUCGAUAGUGAGGAAGGCAGUCGCCAAGAAGGUGCGCGAGACAUUCGUCACGGUGCCUGCAACACUCCGGCUCUUCUUCCACGAUUGCUUUGUGGAGGGUUGCGAUGCAUCGGUUAUGAUAGCUUCACCAAGAGCAAAUGCCGAAAAGGAUGCCCCUGACAAUCUCUCGCUUGCUGGUGAUGGUUUUGACACUGUCAUCAAGGCCAAGCAGGCCGUGGAAGCACAGUGCCCGGGUGUUGUAUCCUGUGCAGAUAUCCUAGCAAUUGCUGCAAGGGAUGUAAUAGUACUUUCUGGUGGCCCAAACUUCAUCGUGGAGCUUGGCAGGCGCGAUGGGCUUAUUUCUCAGGCUACACGAGUUGCUGGCCGUCUGCCCGGUCCUGAAUUUAACCUCAACCUUCUCUCCAGCCUCUUCAGGAUUAACAACCUCACAACCUAUGACAUGAUCACCCUUUCAGGGGCUCACACAGUUGGCUUCUCCCACUGUAGCCGUUUCAGGAAACGUCUUUAUUCAUUUAGUUCAUCAUCUUCAAUGGAUCCAUCAUUCAAUCUUGCAUAUGCACGCCUGCUAAAGCAAGCAUGCCCACCAAAUGUGGAUCCAACCAUUGCAGUCAACAUGGAUCCCUACACCCCAACAAUCUUUGACAAUGUCUACUACAAGAACUUACUGAAUGGUGAAGGGCUGUUUUCCUCAGAUGAAGUGUUGUUUAUAAAUCGCCUAUCAAGGCCUGUCGUCCAGAAAUUUGCAGCCAAUCAAACCAGCUUCUUCAGUGCCUUUGCUGGAUCGAUGAUAAAGCUUGGUAGGGUUGGUGUGAAAACUGGUAUACAGGGCCAGAUCAGGAAAGAGUGCACUGUAUUCAAUUAAUACUUAAAUCAUGAAUCAACAGCCAGAUAUGAUUCAUUUAUGUGUUUUUUUACAAGCAAAUGCCAAUAGUUUAUAGAUCAAAUAUUGAACAAUAGAGUUAAGAUAUAGUGUUAACUGAUGAAUCCGGAAUGUAAAUCAAUAAAUGAGUUGUAUUAUUCCAA